UUUUGUUAUUGAAUGUGACGUACUGACGUGUGACAAUGCAAAUAACAGGCAGGCAGUCAUGCACGUGCUACUGUGUUGGAAAAUUGUCUCCUUUAACCACAUUGAUAGUUAUGGGACUAUAUCAACAAAACAGUGACUUUGUGGACUAAUACAUCGCAGUAUAUUUGGAUUAAACUUACAUUGAGUUACUUAUUUUUCAUACUUAUGUUUUAAUGCUCAUGUGGUAGCCUUCCAGAUGCAAAGACAUUUCAUUUAGAAAUGCAUUUUAAAUGUAGUUUUUGCGCUUGGAUGUGUUUCUGCCUUCUGCAAGCAACGUUAACCAAUGCUGACACACAGAACGCGACGGUGCAGGCGCAGGUGCAGGAGUGGGACGACCCGCUGUUGCUGGUGGCCACGCUGGACGGGGCACUCCGCGGCGUGGGGCAGAAGACGGGGCACACUCGCUGGAAGUUACAGGAAGAACCAAUUGUUAAAGUGCCGGUUGAAUCCUCAAGUUCCUUCAUGCCGGCGCUCCUGCCAGACCCGCGCGACGGCUCCCUGUACGUGCUGCGCGGCCCGGGCCAGCGCGACACGCUCCAGAAACUGCCGUUCACCGUGCCGCAGCUGGUAGCGGCCUCGCCGUGCAAGAGUAGCGACGGCAUCCUCUACACGGGGAAGAAGUCCGACACGUGGUACGCCGUGAAUCCAAAAACUGGUUUUAAAGAGGAAGUCAUAAGUUUCAAUAAUGUGGAGAAGAUGUGUCCGCUGUCAGACGCUGGCACGAUCCUCGUUGGAAGAACAGAGUACAACAUAUUAAUGUACGACACCAAGAUGAAAGAGAGGAAGUGGAAUGUGACAUUCUACGACUACUCGUCGAACAGCAUGGACUCCCAGCAGCUAGCCAGCUAUGGGCUGGUGCACUUCGCGGCCAGCUCGACGGGCCGUGCUGUCACGCUGGACCGCCACCAGGGCUCGCUGCUGUGGGAGAGCGACUUCGGGUCCCCGGUGGUGGCGAUGUUCGUGGCGGGCGCGGACGGCCUCACCGCCGUGCCGUUCACCAGCGUGGCGGAGGAGACCCUGCGCCACCUGCGGGCGCGCCUCACCGCGCGGCGCGCCGGCGCCUCCGACAUGCAGCUCUACCCGACGCUGUACGUGGGCGAACACGGCCAUGGCUUGUACGCGCUGCUCUCGUUGGUGGACGAGCACACGCCCACCAUCGCGCCCGGCUCGGUGGGCGGCGUGCUGCUGCUGGAGGGACCCACGCCCGUCGCGCCGGCCGUGCACUGGAGCCACGGCUACAGCUUCCCCGUGCCGGGCCACAGUGUGAGGGUGUCGCCCCUCAGCCUGGAGCUGCCAGUCACCUUCCACAGCCUGCCGCGCCCGCGCUCCCGCCAGUCGCUCGUCGUGCUGGGUGAGUGUGUGUGUGUCUUCCCCGUGCCGGGCCACAGUGUGAGGGUGUCGCCCCUCAGCCUGGAGCUGCCAGUCACCUUCCACAGCCUGCCGCGCCCGCGCUCCCGCCAGUCGCUCGUCGUGCUGGGUGACCACGGCUACAGCUUCCCCGUGCCGGGCCACAGUGUGAGGGUGUCGCCCCUCAGCCUGGAGCUGCCAGUCACCUUCCACAGCCUGCCGCGCCCGCGCCAGUCGCUCGUCGUGCUGGUGUGUGUGUGUGUGUGUGAGUGUGUCACUGCCGUGCACUGGAGCCACGGCUACAGCUUCCCCGUGCCGGGCCACAGUGUGAGGGUGUCGCCCCUCAGCCUGGAGCUGCCAGUCACCUUCCACAGCCUGCCGCGCCCGCGCUCCCGCCAGUCGCUCGUCGUGCUGGGUCACUACGACCUCCCGGAGCUGCGCGAGGCACACGCCACGCCGCAGAUCACCGGCCGCGCGGACGCAGUCAUUCAGCCGGGCAACAGCUCCGUGCAGCACGGCGUGGACGGCUGGACUAAGCUGCGCCAGGUCAACAUUACCUUCAUCCUGUCGCGGAACAUGCUGAGGUUCAUCUACGGAGAGUCCAAGACGUGGAUCAACCAGCAGGAGAACAAGGGCCUCAAGCUUUUGCUGGUCAUGCUGUGUGGCUGCAGCCUCUCCAUGCUGUGGUACCUGCGCCUGAAGGUGCGGGAGUUUCACGACCUGUCGCGCGGCGGCCACCACGGCGUCACGGCGCACGCAGAGAACAUGGGCAGCGGCCGGGUGCGCGUCGGCAAGAUUACCUUCAAUGCGGAGCAAGUCCUCGGGAAAGGCUGCGAAGGGACGUUCGUGUACAAGGGGCAGUUUGAGCGGCGUGCCGUGGCGGUCAAGCGGCUGCUGCCCGAGUGCUUCACGGUGGCGGACCGGGAGGUGAGCCUGCUGCGCGAGUCGGACGCCCACGCCAACGUGGUGCGCUACUUCUGCACGGAGCAGGACCACCAGUUCCGCUACAUCGCGCUGGAGCUGUGCGCGGCCACACUGCACGACUACGUGGAGGGGGGCUUCGACGCGGGCGGGCGCAUCUCGCCGCGCGAGAUCCUGCACCAGGCCACCGCUGGUCUCCAGCACCUGCACUCCCUUGACAUCGUUCACCGCGACAUCAAGCCCCACAACGUGCUGCUGUCCGUGCCCAACGCCCGGGGCGAGGUGCGAGCCAUGAUCUCCGACUUCGGGCUGUGCAAGAAGCUGAAGGUGGGGCGCGUGUCGUUCUCGCGCAGGUCCGGGGCGACGGGCACGGACGGCUGGAUCGCUCCCGAGAUGAUGGUCGGCAACGCUCACACCACGUGUGCGGUCGACGUGUUCUCCCUGGGCUGCGUCGUCUACUACGUCAUGUCGCAGGGCAAGCACCCGUUCGGCGACGCGCUGCACCGGCAGGCCAACAUCUUGUCCGGGGAGUCGACGCUGGGCGACCUGGGGGGUGGCGACAGUGAGCUGUGCUGCCACCUGGUGAGCGCAAUGAUCCACGGGGACCCCGCGCAGCGCCCCCCCGCGUCGGCAGUGAUGGAACACCCCUUGUUCUGGGGCGAGGAGCGAGUGCUGACGUUCCUGCAGGACGUGAGCGACCGUGUGGAGCGCGACGAGGGCAGCGCGGUGCUGCAGUGUCUGGAGAGCCGUGCCAGCGCCGUGGUGGGAGGAGACUGGCGGUACCGCAUCGACGCGGAGGUGGCACAGGACCUGAGGAAGUACCGCAGCUACCGCGGUACCAGCAUCAGGGACCUGCUCCGAGCUCUGCGGAACAAAAAGCACCACUACCACGAGCUGUCGCUGGAGGCCCAGCGCAGCCUGGGGCAGGUGCCCGGGCAGUUCGUGGCCUACUGGACCGGCAGGUUCCCGCGCCUGGUGCUGCACUCGUGGCUGGCCGCGCAGUGCGCCCGGGACGAGCCCGUGCUGGGCCGCUACUACCACGGCCAGUACGUGUUCCCGGGAGCACCCCGCGAGCCCGGGGCGGGGCCGCCCGCCCUCGACAGGACCAGGGCCUGCCGGAGGAGAAGUCGCAGGAGCAGCUCUGAGGCGCCCCCGUCCUGGAAGCUGACCCCUGGAGACAGUUAGUGCUUGGCCUCUGCGCUACUACCACGAGAGACUCCUUCGUGGCGGGGAUGCAUCAAGUGCCUUUAUUCUAAUUACAGAAAUGUCAACCAUCAUACGCAAACCUACAAACAAAAAUCAACCUAAUGUGCAGUUGUUUGAAUGAACAUUUAACAAACUGUGCAGUUACUGAUUUGUUAAAGACGUUUUAUCGGUGUUAACCUGGGUGUGAUUUGUACGCUAGUGAUGUGUGUCUCUCAUCACUCACUGCCUGCUCGCAGUGACGCGUGUGGGGCAAGUGCGGGGGGAGGGACACACACACAGUGCGUGCACGCUAGCAUCAGGGAUCACACAGAGGAGCUACAGGCGCAGGUAGAUUUCCAAGUUCUUACUUCUGUGCAUGGGACUAAGCGAGGCCAAAGAGCAUUUUAACUAAAUUUAAUCCCUGGCAGUGGAGAAUUAUUGCGGACAAAAGUUUUAGAUAAUAUUUAGAACCUUUACAACUUCAAACAGAUUUCACACAGUGCCUGCUAAGGAAGCUAUGAAUUUUUUUUGAUCCUUCAACCCCUAUUCUUUACACCCCUUUAACUAGUCAUUAGUGUUAUAACUUAUAAAAAAAAGCCAUUUUAGCUCAAAAAUAUUUGGCAUACUAUUAGGCUGCAAUAUUUUUCAUUUACUAAUAGAGUAACAGUGAUAUAUUCCACUUUAAAAAAAAAAAAAAAAAAAAAAACUGUUUUCUUCCCAGUAAAAUGUGAUAAGAAAAUAACACAGCAGGGUGGCCACUCUUCAUGGAAUUCAAAGUAUCUGGUUAUUUCCAGGUUUUAAAGGCUCUGAAUUAAAAAAAAACUCCAGGUUUUGCCUUUCAUUAUUUAAACAUAAGUACCACUGGAAAAAUAAUUUGGGGAAUAUAAUAAAUUUAACAGGGCAGUUUAUUAAUUUCUGCAUGUGGUACUCUCAUCCUCGUGUGUUGACUGUUUGCGGAUUUUUUGCCUGCUACGGUACCAACAAGUGUGGGAGUCCAUAUAUUUGCAGUGACAGCAUUGUAUUUGUCAACAUGUGUUGUGCCCACAUGGGCAUGUUACAAUUUUAAAUAAUAAAUAAAAUAUAUUUAUUAAUUCUA